AUGUUAGAAAUAGAAAAGUCAUUCGGUAGCAAUAUCUGUAGAUGUACUGGCUAUAGACCAAUUCUGCAAGCAUUUAAAAAGUUUGCUAAGGAUGCUCCGAAUUCCUUAAUUGCUGACAUCGAAGACUUGAAAAUUUGUGAGAAGACAAAUAAAAUUUGUAAUAAUUCCUGUGACGCCGACGAUUGGUGUUUUGUGUCAGAUAAUCUGAAUCAAAAUAACGUUAUCAAAAUAACUUUAAAAGAUGGCAAGAAAUGGUUCAGAGUAACGAAGACUUCUGAUAUAUUUGAUAUUUGGAAAACUGAAGGCAACGCUGAUUAUAUGUUGGUUGCGGGACAUACCUCAAUAGGUGCCGUUCCUAUUGAUGAAUAUCCACCCGUAUUGAUUGAUAUUACAAGCAUUUCUGAAUUAAAAGGACACGAAUUUGAUCAAAAUUUAAUGAUUGGAGCUUGUACAACUCUCACAGAAGUCAUUGAUAUAUUCGAAAAUAAUUCAAAAAAAGAUAAUUUUGCUUAUCUAAAAAAGCUUAAAGAACACAUUGAUAAAAUAGCACAUAUCCUCGUAAGAAAUGUGGGAACGAUUGCUGGUAAUUUAAUGUUAAAACAUCACAAUAAAGAUUUCCCUUCUGAUGUAUUUCUGAUGUUAGAAACGGUUGGUGCAUAUCUAACAAUACUUGAUGCGCCAGGUUCUAAAAAAGUCAUAUCUAUGGAAGAAUUCAUCAGUACUGACAUGAAGGGAAAACUAAUUUAUAAUAUAUUACUGCCGCCGUUAAAUGAUAAUGAAUUCAAUUUGGUAACAUUCAAAAUCAUGCCUCGUGCCCAAAGUGCACAUGCAAUAGUGAAUGCUGGCCUUCUAUGCCAAGUUCAAACAACGGAUAAUACAGUCAAAGAAAUUCGCGUAGUAUUUAGUGGAUUGACUCCACCAUAUUCAAGAGCAACAAAGACAGAGAAUUAUCUGAAAGGAAAACCGCUUUUUGAGAAUGAUACCUUGCAGGGUGCUUUGAAAAUAUUGGAUCAAGAACUAGUCGCAACGGAAAAUCCACCAGCUCCUUCUGCUAAUUAUAGGAAACAAUUAGCGUUGGCUUUAUUUUAUAAGGGGCUUUUGACGCUAUGUCCAUCAGAAAAGCUGAAAGUACAAUAUCGCUCUGGAGUUAUAGAUCUUCAUGAUUCGAGGCCCGUGUCGACUGCAAGUCAAGACUAUAGCAUCGAUGAAAAAGUUUUCCCAUUAAAUAAACCAAUACAGAAAGUAGAAGCUUUGUGUCAAACUUCGGGAGAAGCUAUAUAUACAGAUGAUAUGCUAUCCAUGCCUGGGGAGGUGUUUGGUGCCUUAGUAUUGAGUACUGUUGCCCAAGGGACUAUAAAAUCUAUAGAAGCCAGUGAUGCAUUGAAAGUUCCUGGUGUAAUAGCAUUUUAUUCAGCCAAGGACAUUCCCGGGAAAAAUUCGUUUAUAGAGAAGGGCGUAAUUGCAUUUAUAGGCGAUGAAGAAAUAUUUUGCAGUGAAAAAAUUAAAUACUAUAAUCAGCCAAUAGGAAUAGUCGUAGCAGAAUCAACAGCUAUAGCCGAAAGAGCCGCAAAAAUGGUUAAAGUUCAAUAUGGCGAUGUUUCGAAACCAGUAAUUGAUAUAAAAGAUGUAAGAAAAGACACAUCAAGAACUAAGAUGUUUUUGCCGCUUCCAGCUUUAGGAAGAGGAUUAUUCGUAGACAAAGUUUUUAAAAAUAACUAUACUAUUUAUGGACAGUACCAUUUUAGUAUGGAGAAUAUCAAAUGUGUAGCACGACCAUCGGAGCAGGGGUUGGAAGUAUUCGCAACCACACAGUGGAUCGAUGCAGUAAGAUAUAAUGUAGCCCGUGCGUUGAAAAUAGAUGAAAAUAGCGUGGAUGUAUUUACGCCACGAUUGGGUGGAGCAUUUGGUAUAAAAAUAACUCGUGCUACGUUAUCUGCAGUCGCUUGCAGCCUUGCUGCUUAUAAGUUGAAUAAGCCCUGUCGUCUUAUUCCAUCACUUUCUAACACCACCAGAUCACUUGGAAAGAGAUUUCCAUGCUCUGCUGAUGUUGAGGUAAAGUUAAGAUUAUUAUUUAUAUUAACAUCUAUGAAAAAGAUUUUCUUUGGUUCUGCUGAAGGUUAUUAUUUGAAUCAUAACCUAUCAAUGGGCCGACAUACCAUCACAAUGCUUUCACGAUAA